GCGCCUCGCGCCAGCGAUGGACAGCAGCACCAUCGUCGAGGGGCCUGUCAAGUUUCGCGACGGCAAGAAGUGGAAGUGCCGGUGGUGCGUGAUGAGGAAGCUGUCGCCGGUGGCAGACUGCCUGCACCUGCAGCUGUACCGGGACAGUAAGGAGCGCUACAAGCAGGGCCACACCAAGGCGUCGCUCUCCCUGCAGCACUUCCUCGCCGUCGAGACAGGGUUCACGUUGGACAAGGAGUCCAACACGAUAGCGAUCAUCUGCCAGGAUGUGACUGUCAUUCUGGCGUUUGACUCCAGGGAGCGCCAGAUGCAGUGGCAUGUCAAGAUCGUCAACAACCUGGGGGAAGGCCAGCAGUUCCUGGUGCAGGUGACGUCUGCACCACCACGCGCCAAGAUCUGUAUGGGCCCGGCACGCCUCCACGUACAGGAGAGGCGCUUCUGCCUCACUUCAGGUGUGCCUCCCAGGCUGCUUGGCUUCUGGGACAUCAGCCAGCUCAGGCGGUACGGUGUAGUGGAAGGCCGAUUCGUGUUCGAGGGUGGCUCCCGCUGUGGCAAGGGUGAGGGCGUGCACGUGUGUGUCACUGACCAGGCUGCAGACAUCACUGCUGCCUUCCAGCAGGCUGCACAGGGCUCGCUGGCUUCCAGGAGGAGGGCCAUGCUGCGGUCAGCACCUGCCACUGAUAGUCCUCGACGUCGCAUCCGUAACCAACAACCUGUGGAGACAGAUUCACCUCAGCCCUCUACAGCGCAUCCCCACUCAAUCCACAGAGAUAUUCCUGGAGAACAAUUGCUGUGCAGUUGUAGCAAAACUGGUGAAGACAGCAAUUCUCAGUUUUGGACAGCAUCUGAAAUCACAGCUACAGAAAGAUGCACUGAACAACCUCUAGACAAUAUCGGUGGUCAUCAGUUUGCUGCCUCUCCUAAGGAUAUUAUGACCUGCAGGCAUAGUUAUCAUCGACAGAACUGUAAAAUAUUUCAGCAACAUGUAACUGUACAUUCUAGAUCUGAUGGAGUUAGUUGCUCAAAAACAGCUGUGCAGGAACAUUUACAGAACAAUUCCAUUCCUGAGACACAAAGCAUUUUGUUUAAUCCAGAUUCCAACAGGCAUGUCAUGGCAGGGGCACAGUUGUGUCACUGUUGUGCUGGUACAAACAUCUGUCAUCUGACAGACAAUGAAACAUCCGGCACUGAGUGCAAGCCAUUCCACCUUGCCACUCACAGUUCACUGGAGAAAAUUAUGCAGCACAGCCCAUUCAAAAGACUCUACCCUAUACACCAGCAACAAGUCUGCACAGUGACAUCUCAACAAGAUCCAUUGCUAAUGUCAAAAUCCUAUCCAACAGGUGACAAUACAUCUGUACUGCCAACAUUCAACACAGCUCAGGGGACAGCCACAUGUAAUUUAUGUCUAAAUCGCUGGCACUGUUCAUCCCAAACAAUUCGUGCUCAUAAUUCUUCAUCACAGAAUUCAGCUUCAUCAAAUUUCUCUAACAGGAAUAAAUUAACUGAAAAUUCUGUACCAGUGAGUUUGGGAGCACAUGUCCAAAAACUGACACUACAACAAGUCAGCUAUAAAUGUAGAAACAAUACUGAAUUUAUUAAACAGGAUAGCUGUAUACCAAAUACAGUAACAGAUGGAGCUUCAGAUCACAAUUAUGACAUUCCCAGUACAUUUACUGAAAACAUUUGCUCUGAGGUGCAAGAAGGAUCUGAUGAAAGUAUGACGGGUGAUACUGUAAUGGAGGACACAGAAGACACUGCAUUAAAAGUUGACUGUGGCACCCCAAAAAAAGUUCACAAAUUAUGUGAGCCUGUUGUAGUUCCUGGAGGGUCUUCAUUUGGUGGCAAUUAUGAUACUGUGCCAAGAACACAAACAUCAAGAAUGCCAUGUAAAUGUUUUAUGAGGCCUCGCAACAAAAUUACUUCUGUAUCUAAUCCUUUAAAACUGACGGGACAAGGGACUGUAAACAAGAAUACCAAAGAAAAAUAUACUCAUGGGAACUGCCCAUGUCAGAAAGUAAUGUUCUGGGCUGGUAACUUCAUGACAUUACCAUACUGCCGACGUGGAAAUGGAAUGGAAGACACUUCCCGAUGUGCUGGCCUGGAUUUGCAUGAAAUGAUGACAAUUGGUGAUACUUCAAACACCACAGCUUUAUAUGCCACAGUAGACAAAUCGAAGAAAAGGAACAGAGAGAUUGCUCUGCAUCAGAGAUGCUACUGCAGUGGUUCUCCUUGUGUCUGUCAGAAAGCAGUUACAGAAACAACUUAUGGUGGAAACUUAUCAGCAACUAGUACCACUGAAACAGGAAUCACCAACCUGGAAACUGAACAAUCAGAUGGUGUCUGUGAAGCUCCAAAUGCCCCUGCAAGUGAAGACAGAUAUUAUGAAAACAUGGGAUUUGCUGAUUCCUUAGAAUAUUAUGAAAAUGUAAAAGAUGUACUUAAGAAAGCAGGAAUAGAACAAGAUAAAGUAUGUACCCCUGACACAAAUAUGCAGGCCAACAAAGAACAAGACAAUAAAUAUAUUAUUUCAUGCACUGAUCCUAGUGUAGUGAGAAUAUGUGAAAAAUGCGGACAUCAUUACCAGGCAGAAAAUUUUAACGCUGACAGCCCAGAUAAGGCAGAAAAAGUUGAAAAUCUAAUGUCUUCUAAACAGAAGAAAAGUGUAUCAGAUGAUUACUUAAUGAUGCUUCCUGGUAAAGACUUAUUGCUCCAUCCAGGAGAUAAUUCUCCACCAAGUUCACCAACAGAAUACCUGCACACUAGUUCAGGUCCAAGAGAUAUAGAUUCAGUUCAAAAUAUCCCGAAAACUUCAGCUCAUGAUGAUGCAUGUAGCAACAGUGCUGAUGCCAGUCGAGGAAAACAUUACCACACACCAUGCAAAAUACCCACUGUAUAUUUCAACCAAGCUCAGGAACCAGACAUAACAGUGUGUGAUACACCAUUAACCUCUCCAUGCAGACAUGGAAUAAAUAAUGCAGAAACUUCUCUGUCAGAUAGUACAGAACUUAAAACACAAGAAAAUUUGAAAAAGUGUAAAGAGCAGUUUGCAUGUGAUUGUGGAAGAGUUACUUAUUUAAAACAAAUCUGUACACAUCCAAAUUCUGAUGAAUCUCUAGAUUUGCAUUUGUGGAAUACGUUCCCUCAAAGAAAGCAACAGUCUCUUGCCAGGCAAUCUGACUGUACUGGUAGUCUACCAAAAUGCAUGAACAAUCAUUUUUCUCACAGAGACAGUCUUAAGGAGAAACUUGUGGAAAAUGAAAGGCAUCUGUCAGACAGCCUUCUGCUGCCUGUCCACAUACGUCGCUCCUCCAGUGUCCCUUGUAAGCCAGUGAACAACAGAGAUUCUUCCAGUUCUAAUGACUCAGGGGUUGCAGUGGAUUUAAUCUUACUCAAGGCAAGAAACUUGUCACAGACUGAAAAUCUAUCUGCACUUAUUAAUCAUUCUGGCUAUGAUACAAAGUGUCUACAUUACUCUCUACCAAGAAGAUCAAAAUCUGUUGAUCCUGUAAAAAACAGUCCGCUGUGUUUCCAGAAGUCUGUUGCAACUGCAAAGUGUUCACCAGUUGAAGUAACAGGGCCUACAUACCAAAAGGUUUCAGUUUCUGGUAGUCCUGAAGGAGAAAAUUCUGUUGCAAUUCCAUAUAUUGAUUCACAGAGUGUGAGCAGUGGCACCUCAAAUAUUUCUGAUUACAUGGACACCUUAUCUUUAUGUUCACACAGUUCAUCGGAUGUGCAGGACGGACGAAGGUUAGGGAGACAGGCCGCUACAACCCUCCGACCUAGAUCUGGCAAGGAAUAUCAGCUCAUUGACCGCUAUGUUCUUGAAGGCGAUAUUCAGUUAACAGGAUGAAAAUCUACAACGAAAAGGAGGUGUGGGAAGAAGCAGCCACUUUGUUGUUGUUUGCAGAAAAUUCAAUGGAUUACACAGUGUCUCAUCAAAAUCAUCAUUUAUCUAUCAUAUAACAUGGAAGACCAUUUAACUCAAAGGACGAAUAUCCUUUGACUAAAAUGAAAAUCUUAUAUCUGGAAAUCAUUUACUAAUUUUGAACCAAAGUACUCAAAUGCUACAUAUAUCUAAGGUGCAGGUUCUUUCAGACUGUCAUUUGAAGAAACUGUUGGGACAAAUAGCACUCCAAUUACUUAUUUCAGAGGAAAUAAUGGAAAAUUGAUACAUAUGCCCAGAAUAUUUUCUGGUCAAAAUGGUAAAAAAUAAUCUAUCAAAAUUAAAUUUCUUCAGUAUGACAAUUUAUUCUCAAUUUCCGGCAAUAGGACUUGAUGUCAGAGUGACUUCCUGAGUGAUUUAGUUCAAAUCAGAAAUGUUUCCACGAGAAACAACAAGACAAUAAAAGAUACACAGACUGCACCAAUCCAGGUUAGCAGGCAUGAUGGAGACUGAUGAAAGCUACAUGAGAAAUGGAUGUGAUGUGUCAGUAUUCUGUGUACUGAGAGAGAAUAAAUGGCUG